AAGCGGACCAGCCUCCUCUCCUCACCCUGUCAUUCCUCCUCCCCACUCGUACUUGACAGUAGUCGGUUAGCUAAGGGCCUACGACUCCGGUUCAAUCAACCUCUGCUGUCUUUUAAGCCAACUCCGCCGUCAUCCUCCCAGAGACCAUGUCUGGCUACCACAAACCCGACGAGAAGACCCUGCAGGGUCUGAAAGACAUUGCCAACAAGCUACGGAUCAACUCCAUCAAAGCAACAUGCGCCUCCAACUCCGGCCACCCCACGUCAUGCUGCAGUGCAGCAGAGCUCAUGUCCGUUCUCUUCUUCAACGCCAUGCGCUAUAAGGCAGAUGAUCCUCGUAACCAGUGUAACGACCGCUUUGUGCUCUCCAAGGGUCAUGCUGCACCGGUCCUCUAUGCUGUCUGGGCUGAAGCAGGCUUUGUGAAAGAAUCUGAUCUUAUAAACCUUCGCAAGAUUGACUGUGACCUGGAGGGGCAUCCCACCCCAAAACUGGAGUUUGUUGACGUGGCCACAGGAUCCCUCGGACAGGGUCUUGGUGCUGCUUGUGGGAUGGCCUACACCGGCAAAUACUUUGACAAAUCCAGCUACCGUGUGUACUGCAUGAUGGGUGAUGGAGAGUGCUCCGAGGGAUCGGUUUGGGAAGCCAUGGCGUUUGCUUCCUACUACAAGUUGGACAACCUUGUGGCCAUCAUGGAUGUCAAUCGCCUUGGUCAGAGUCAGGCUGCCCCUCUGCAGCACGACAUGGAGGUCUACCGCAAGCGCUGUGAAGCCUUUGGGUGGAACACGUAUGUUGUGGAUGGACAUGAUGUGGAGGAGCUGUGCAAAGCUUUCUGGCAGGCUCAGCAGGUCAAAGAUAAACCCACCUGUAUCGUUGCCAAGACGUUUAAGGGGAGAGGACUCAAAAACAUUGAAGAUCAAGAUAACUGGCAUGGAAAGCCUAUCCCAAAGGACAAGCUGGAUGACGUCCUGAAGGACCUGCAGUCUCGGAUCCAGGUCCCCAACAAGACCUUGUGUCCUCACCUGCCCAAUGAGGAUCUAGCACCAGCUGACCUGAGCCCCAUCUCCCUGCCUUCACCCCCAGAGUACAAGAAGGGAGAUAAGAUGUCAACCAGGCGGGCGUAUGGCAUUGCACUGGCUCGACUGGGGCAGGCAAGCAAGAGGGUGGUGGCUUUAGAUGGAGACACCAAAAACUCUACCUUCUCUGAACUUUUUAAGAAAUCCUGCCCUGACCGCUACAUUGAGUGUUUCAUCGCUGAACAGAACAUGGUGGGCGUGGCCAUUGGCUGUGCCACUCGAGACCGGACAGUGGCAUUUGCCAGCACCUUUGCUGCUUUCUUCUCCAGAGCCUAUGACCAGAUCCGUAUGGGAGCCAUCUCCCAGUCCAACGUCAACCUCGUGGGAUCUCACUGUGGAGUCUCGAUUGGUGAGGACGGUCCAUCCCAGAUGGCCCUCGAGGACUUGGCAAUGUUCCGCGCCAUCCCCACAUGUACUGUGUUUUAUCCGAGUGAUGCGGUGUCCACUGAGAGGGCCGUCGAGCUGUCUGCCAACACAAAGGGAAUCUGUUUCAUUCGUACCAGCAGACCCGACACAGCGGUGAUCUACUCUCCUGAUGAGAAGUUUGAACUGGGCAUAGCCAAGGUGGUGUGUGAGUCUGAUAGUGAUGUGGCGACUGUGAUUGGAGCUGGUGUUACUCUGCAUGAAGCUCUGGCUGCUCAUAAGAUUCUCCAAAGUGAAGGAAAGAACAUCUGUGUAAUCGACCCAUUCACCAUCAAGCCUCUGGAUGCUGCCACCAUCUUGAGCCAUGCCAGAAAAACAGGAGGACACGUCAUCACCGUGGAGGACCACUACAAGGAGGGUGGUCUUGGUGAAGCAGUGCUGUCUGCAGUGGGAUGUGAGCCCGGAAUAGUUGUGACCCGGCUGGCGGUGUCCGGCGUUCCCCGCAGUGGGAAGCCCCAGGAGCUCCUGGAUGUUUUUGGCAUCAGUGCUAAGCACAUCGUUAACGCAGUCCGCCAGACCUUUGCUAAUUAAGAACUGCUUUUCAUCUUCAUGCUUUCUUCAUAACCUGUUUCCAUCUACCUGCCACACUUUCUAAAACCUAGCCUCGCUGCUGCCAUCCUGUGGCUUUGAAUGGGAUGUUCACUAACCCUGGGUUGCUGUGUAAGAGUGCAGUGAAUAUCUCUAUGUACGUUCUGGCUCACAUUUCCCCACAUUCCUGUUGUUUUUAGAUUCACAGACCAAAAAGUCACUGAACACUGUAAAAUGUUAACAUUUUGAUUUCCUAUCUGGUCAUAACUUCUGCUGUUUUUUCAGACUUUCAGCAAACAUCACUGUCCCCCAGCGAGUAUUCCUCCUUCGGUGCCGUUACUGGUUUUGAAAUGUUCUAGAUCUCUUCUGUAGAUGUAUAGAACUGCCUUUAAUGCCAGAUCUUUUCAUUUAUGUGGAAAAACAUUCCUCCCUGGUUCUUGAUUCAAGCGUCAGUCUUCCUGCUGUUUAAGGCAACCGUCUAUCGCCUCAGUGUGCAAAUAAAAAUAUCUGACUGCC